GCGGUGGCAACGGCCCCCGGACCCGAUUUCGGCGCCACCGAGGAGGCGAUGUUGGGCGCCGGAUUUUCCCGUCCGUACGCCGCCCGGGUGGCGCGCUGUGUCGCCGGUUUCGCCGCCGACGAGACUGCGCUGACGCGCGCAGAAACGGAGCACGACAUCCGGCUAUGGGAGGACGUCGGGUUUGACAGCGGCAGGCCGAUUACUGCAGGGCACGUGCGACACCUCCUUUUUCCGGCGGCGCCCCGCGCCGACCGGGGAUCCGCCUUCGGCCACGGACCCGCCGUGCUGAGCACCCUGCUGUUUGCCGUGAACGAAGCGGAGCACGCGUUGCUGCAAGCGGGUUUCUCCCCGGCGUUCGCCAAGAAGGCCGCGGAGAAUGCGAGCGACCCGUCCCUGGAGUAUACCGCGACCGUGCAGUGCCCCGUGGCCGCUGCCGACGAAAUCGCCCUGCGGACCAUGGCCACUCUGACUGCCGAGCGCGUCGGCGGCGGCGAGGAUGGCACAUUAUCCGUUGCGCAGUUGCGCGGCGCCGUCCGGCGGGCGGUGGUCCGGCAGCAGAGCCGCGAGGAUCCGGAGCUGGCGGCCGUCUGGGCCGACCGGGGCCUGAGCCCGCGCGAGGUUGAGCAGGCCUUUCUCUCGGCCGGCGUCACGCCUGCCUACGCCAGGAGGCUCGGACGGCAGGUCGGAACGAAAGCGGUGCCCGGCGAUUCCCGCCUUGUGGAGCCCGGCGACGCGCGGGACAAGCAGAUCUUGAGCACCAUCGGCCUGGAUUUCGCAUUGCCCGAGUCCGUGGCCCGGGUUCGGGGGUUUUUCUUAGCCGUGGAAGCCGCAGCGCCGUCGAAAGACGGGCAGACCCGCGUGGACGUCUCCGUCUUGUCGCAGCCCUCGUUCGGCAACGCGGAACAGGCGGCGACGCUCGGCGGUUUCACCAAGGCCAUGCCUGCGCGCACACGGCACCACGCCCCUGCGCGGCCCAAGAUGCUCUGUCUCCAGGACGUGUUGGACCACGACAUCGCCGAGGCGCAGGAACCCGCCUGCGCCUGUUGCAGUUGUUGCGGGGCGGCGGGCGCCGGCGGCGGGAAGACGGCCGACCCGGAGGACGACAGCACGUCGUUCACGCACGACGGCAGUGCAGCUCCCGCGGGCACCAGAGACCAGAACGACGCUAGCAAACCCGCAAUUAUGGCGACGGGUGGCGGGGCUGGUUAUUCGGUAGCAGGUGCGAAGCGUGGCGCGGGGGCGAAGAAGAAGGCUGCGUCGAGCCACAAGAGACUGAGCAAAGGCGGCCGGCGCGACGGCGCCUCGAAAGGCGGGUCAACGACGUCCUCGGCCGCGUCAUCCAGCUCCUCCUCGCGCUCUUCGGAGAAGGACGCGAGUCACCUCAGUCACCGAAGGACCGCAAAGAAAUCGCAGGCGCGCGGCACAACUAGCAGUAAGCAAUCGACCGCUAGUGCAGCGCACGCACGGUCGCCGGAACAGGAGGCGCAACUGAACGCUUUGGCGGCCGCGGCAGCCAAGGCCCUGGAAGAGGUCGGCUUUCCCGCCGCCCGGGCGAAGCUCUUGGCGCAGCGAGUCGCGCAAACCGACACGGCGGACCUGAGCGAUCUGGCCCUGGACCCCGAGGAUCAGGCGAUCGCGGAAGCGGGGCUCGGUGGGAAAAAGAUCCGCGACCUGCACGACCUUGUGGACGCACUCGUGGAGCAAAAGAAGGACUUUUUCGACGAGGUGGCACCACCGGAGAUGGCGGAAGAUGAGGCGGAGGACCAGCAGGCCAUGUUGUUGCACAACACCGGCGGACCACAGCCUCUGUCCAUUCUUCAGACCCGCUAUCAUCACCAUGUGGUCCGCAAGAAAAAGCCUGCACAUCUUCUAACAAAAAAGUAAAAGUAGCUCUACUCAUGAUCUUCGCUGGUCUGUCAGUCUGAUCGAAUUAUGUCAGCUUCCCUCAUUUCUGAUAAUCUAGGUAAGUACUUAACUAUUUCUACUCUUUUUUCGCUAUUUGUGACAAGUUGUAAACGUUGGAGCGAUUGCAGUGCAUAUAACAAGCAAAUGGCGUGGCAUAAGCAAGCAGUUAUGUUCUUUUUCGACUCACUCUCAAUCUCAC